AUGAAGCGCCUAGAUUCGGUUCCAAAUGGCCGCCCGCGACAUGCCGACAAUGCCUCAACUCUCAAUGGCUAUACCGUCACCCAGCUGCUCGAGUGCGACCCUCGCCCGACUCUCGUCGUCGCCUUGAACACGAUCGCGCCGGACGAUAAUGAUGCGUCGACUUUGCGCACCAGCACAUACUACGCCAAUCCUAGUCUUCUCGAACUUGCCCCCCUACAUCAACGAUUAAAGGCUCUCUUCGACUCCCAUGAUGCCAUACAACAAGAUCUCGACUCGGCAGAAUUUGUGGCUUGGGCCGGCCGCCGCAGGAAUUCUGCCGUACUGUCGAAACCUUCAGCUGCUAUCCAGCACUUUGCCGGCUACAAGUGGACUCGUGUCCAACUGGGCCAGGCUUUCUGCGUCCUUAGCGCCGACGGCCCAAUCGACAGUGCUGGCGACCUCAAUAUCGACUCGCUCACCGAGACCAGAAGGCGAUCGCAUGAGACGAGCGUAUCCAAGCCGAGGCUUCGCCGUGGAUCGUCCGUUGUGCGCAGGCCGUGCUCUUCUGGUCGUGCGGACCAUGGCAGACAGGUGUCGCGGACCAAAUCAGCCGAGGACCUCACCACGCCGGUGCUGUGGCUUCCCGGCGGCAACAUGCGCGUCGACUGGGGCGUCAACUGGACGGAGAUGCCGUUAACAGAUGCCACGUCCAACCACGUUUGGCUUCUUAGGUCGAUGGACUGGUCUGCUUCGCCCUUGGGCCCCGUUGAGAGCUGGCACUGGGAUCUCCGCGCCGCCUCCGACAUGCUCAUCAGAACACCGUAUCCUGCCGCCAUAUACUGGGGUCCAGAAUUUGUGACUCUUUACAACGAGCCGUAUGUCGACCUGGCCGGCGACAAGCACCCCGAGCUGCUCGGAACGCCCUACGCCAAGGGCUGGGCCGAGAUUUGGCAUCUUAUCGAGCCUGUCAUGCUGGCUGCUUGGGAUGGCGCCGAGUCCACCAUGAAGCAUAAUGAUCGCCUUUUCAUACUGCGGGGAGGCUUCCUCGAAGAGACUUUUUUCUCGUGGUCGCUGGUCCCUCUGCUGGGCUCGAACGGCCAAGUGGCUGGCAUCUUCAACGCCGCCUUUGAAACCACGCAGCAAGUUGUCAAUGAGAGGCGCCUGCAAACGCUCCAAGAAAUCGGAGCACACACAGCCACGGCCAAGACACUGAGCGAGUUUUGGGUCCUGGCACUCCAAGGCAUGGCCAAGAAUGAGGCUGACUUUCCCUUUUGUCUUCUCUACUCAAACACCGAGGAUAGCAGUGACGGCUCAUCCUUCCAGUCCAACUCCACGCUCGCUGCACCUUUUUUCAAUCUCGAAGGCAGCUUAGGAGUUCCUGAUGGCCACGCGUCAGCCCCCCAGAAUAUGGAUGCUGCUGGCUUUGAAGGCUUCGCUCCCUACAUGCGGCAGUCCGUAGCCAACAACGGCAAUCCCAUCGUUCUUUCCAACUCUGACGGUACGCUACCAGCGCAUCUCAUAGAAGGCAUCCAGUGGCUGGGAUUCGGUGAGCCUAGUAGGACCGUGAUUGUUUUUGCCGUCACUCCGAUGACGCCGAAAUCUCAACACUACGAAUUUCCACAAUCGCGGGGCUUUAUCGUCCUUGGUGCAAACCCCAGGCGGCCGUACGACUCUGCCUACGAGCUUUUCAUACAGCUACUGAUGAGACAGCUUGGCACGUCACUCGCAUCCGUCCUGCUGUUUGAGGAUCAAGUGAAGCGUAGUGAACGCGAGGCUCGACUGGCCGCUCUUGAUCGUCAACAGCUGUCCUUGCAGCUGCGUCAGCGCACACAGGAGGCCGUCGAGAGCGAGUUGAAAUUUGCUCGUAUGGCCGAGUAUGCACCUGUUGGCAUUUUUAUCGCCAAUUCCCAAGGCAGCCUCACUUUCUGUAACGGCAUGUGGUGGAAAGUGUCACGCCAAGCUCGUAUCAGCGGAGCAGAGGAUAGAUGGAUGGAGAACAUUGUGCAGGCUGACAAGCCUGUAGUAGCGGAUGCCUGGGAUAAGCUACUGACGCAGAAGAUGACCAUCUCUGCCGAAUUCCGCUUCAGAUCGCCCGUCAUAGACGAGUCGGUGGAUACCUGGGUUCUUAUGAGUGCCUUCCCCGAGAAGGACCACGAGGGCAACAUUCGAACCAUCUUUGGCUGUAUCACCGAUAUUUCGGCUCAAAAGGAAGCCGAAAACAUCCAGAGCAAGCGUCGCGAAGAAGCCUUAGAGCUCAAGCGUCAACAGGAAAACUUCAUUGACAUUACAAGCCACGAGAUGCGAAAUCCACUAUCGGCGAUCUUGCAGUGUGCGGAUCAAAUAGUCAAGACGGCGAGCAAUUUUGCCGAAUAUGACGAGAUAGGCAAGGUCAGAGACCUGCUUCACGAUAACGCGGACGCGGCCAAAACCAUCAACCUCUGUGCGAGCCACCAGAAGCGAAUAGUGGACGAUAUUCUGACGCUCUCUAAGCUCGACUCGAAGCUCAUGACUAUUAAUCCCGUCUCAGUACAACCCAUACAAGUCGUCGAGCGCGUUCUGACAAUGUUUGAACCGGAAUCUAACGCCGAUGACAUAAAACUCAGUCUGUCAAUUGACGAGAGCUACUCCAGCCUUGGUGUAGAUACCGUCAGUCUUGACCCAUCGAGGCUUCAACAAGUUCUCAUAAACCUCAUGACGAACGCCAUAAAAUUUACCAAGGGCUGUGCUCAACGAACCAUUCUUGUCACAGUCGGCGCGGGGCACGACGGCCAGGGCUUGCUCUCAACUGAGCAUUCAUACCUUCCCGCAAAGGUCGUCAACUCCAGCGACAGCGAAGAAACCCGUCUCGCGGACCAACAAACACAGGGUGAUGAUUGGGUGUGUCUUCACUUUACAGUGCAAGACAGUGGACCCGGCCUUGACGAAGAGGACCUCAAGGUGCUUUUCCAACGUUUCCAACAGGCCUCGCCUCGUACCCAUGUUCAGUACGGAGGCUCCGGCCUUGGUCUAUUUAUAUCGAGACUAUUGGUUGAUAUGAUGGGGGGAGAAAUCGGCGUCUGCUCUAAUAAUGGUAGCGGCAGCCGCUUCUUCUUCUACAUCAAGUGCCGAAAGCUUUUACCCCAAAACACCAGUCCCGCGGGAACGUCGAAACCAGAACCUCCCAUUCAACCUCACCAGAGCUCACAAAGUACCAUUUCUGACUCUGCUGUCGGCGCCGCUUUGUACAGCAUUCUCAUCGUGGAAGACAAUCUGAUCAACCAGCGAGUGCUGAAGCGUCAGCUUCUCAACGCCGGGCAUAUUGUGCAUACAGCAAACCAUGGAAAGCAGGCUCUUGAGGUCCUGGAAAAGUCUAGCGCAUGGCAUGGCAACGAAGAGAAUGGCACGGCUUUGUCUGUGAUUCUUAUGGAUAUUGAGAUGCCAGUCAUGGACGGCCUGACAUGCUCCCGCAGGAUCAGAGAGCUGGAAGCUGAGGGGGUGAUCACCAGACACCUGCCAAUCAUUGCUGUCACAGCCUACGCGCGACCGGAGCAGAUUGAAAAUGCAAAAGUCGCUGGUGUGGAUGAUUUGAUGCCCAAGCCCUUUCGCAUUGUUGAGCUGGUACCGAAAAUUACGGAAUUAGUACAUAGAUUCAAGAGCGACGAAUGA